UCGGUGUGAAGAGCAAGGAUUGACACCAAAUCCAACCUGUGUAGAAAUCAGAUGCAACAUACAAAUAGCUGCAACUAUUUACCCGAAUCCAUGGACAAAACGAAUUGGAGAUGAGAUAACGUAUUAUUGCAAUUCUGACAGAAAGAGACGCAGUUCUUUAUGUACACCAACUGGAUGGAAUCCCCCUCUAAAAUGCACUGGUCCAUGUUUAAGCCCAAAUAUUCCCAACAUGAAGUAUCUCAGAAAAACUUUAUUCAGAGAUGGAGAACGACUGAAUAUUGAAUGUGCUCAUGGGUUCAGAUUGCAAGGAGAUGAUGUAAUCACAUGCAAGGAUGGAGAAUGGUUUGUCGACCGAUCUUUUCCAACUUGUAUUGAACAGGGAUGUGCGCCACCACCAAAGAUAACGAAUGGAAGAUAUACUCCUCGUCAACAUAGUUAUGCUGAAGAUGAAUUUGUGACUUACUCUUGUAGUAAAGACUAUGAACUUUUUGGAGAACGUGAGUUGCGAUGUAUUUCCAAUAGAUGGACACGACUACCUGUUUGUGUUGAUGUGAAAGCUGUCUGUUCAGAUCCACAUCCAUCAGUAGAACAUGGAGACAUCAAUUUUAUGGAAGAUUACAAACUAAUUUAUACAUGUCGUGCUGGAUAUACUAUGGACGGCUCAGGAGUGGUAAUGUGUGUUAAUGGAAAAUGGUCAGACCCUCCAACGUGCAAUUCUCCUCCAGAUCCUCGUCAAGUCUGUGAUCUUCCACCUCAAGUAGAAAAUGGAGACACAAUGGAAAUCACUACACCACCAUAUCGUCAUGGUAUGAAAGUAACAUAUCAGUGUCAGAAUUUCUACAUCUUGGAAGGAGAAAGAGAAGUUACCUGUUCUGGUGGAAGUUGGUCAAAACCUCCACGCUGUCUCGCACCAUGCAUUUUGACAGAAGAAGAUUUUACAAGUAAAGGUGUAAUAUUAAGAUGGAAAUUCCAAACAAGAAUAGAUGUGAAAGAUGGGGAUGUUUUAGAAUUCAGAUGCCGUGAAGGAUUUGAAAUUGAACAACCAGCAAGGAGAUACUGCCAUAAUGGAAGUUUGGAAGUUCCCAGGUGCAUUAGCAAUGAUAGGAGUGAAUGCAGACCUUUAGAAUAUUUUGCUUGCCAAUCAUGUGCAAUUGACGAAAUCUGUAUUGAAUAUAAUUCAAAAAGCGUAUCAAUAACAAGACCAGAUCAGAGCACAAUUGUAUUAGAUGGAAUCAGAGGUGAGAGCAAUGCUUUGUUCUCGGUGAAGACUAGCAGAGUACUGAGAGGAAGCACUUUGAAGUUUUUUAUAAAAGAAUCCAGCAAUGCAAAAAUGAAAGUAAUAUUUGGCACAGAGCCUCAAAGCAUACUGUAUGAACAACCUGCAGUAGGAGAGUACUGCUUUCCAUUCUCCUUAAGUAAUACAAUCACUUUCAAUGUUACAUUCACUCAAGGUUUCAGGAUUAGAUUUGAUGAAAAGAGUCAAUAUCAAAGCUAAAAGUUUGAAAGUUGAAAUGCUGCAAGAUGUGUUGUUACAAACUUCAAGAAAUGACGACUGACCGCUCCCAAGUUUUAAAGAUUUGGUUACUGAAUAACGGAUAUUAAUAGGAUAGAUCGUUACACGUCUAUUAAUUCUGAAGCAAAGUAUGAAUUAUGCUGGAACAUCUGGAGAAUGUUUCUUGAAAAUUCAUUGAAUUUAGAAAAUAUUAGAAUUUUUGAAGAUGUUACUUUCCUUUUAUGGAUUGCCUUAAUUAUCAUUAAUGGAAACAAUCUUUUAAAAGAUGAGACAAGCUUAAGUUAAUCAAGUUACUUUUCAGACUUCCUUUCUCUGUUGUCAACUAUAUUGUGUAACUAUAGAAAAGCAGCUAGUGCAUAUUGUGUAUUCAUUUCUUUGUAUCAGGAAUGGAUGAACAGGCUCAUUUAGUAUAUGAUGAAACUUUAAUUAUAAUGCAUGAAAAUAUUG